CUCAUUGGGUAUUCCAAUAGAAGGAAACCCUUUACUGUGUAGGAAGUAGUAAAUUGACAAGUGUAGAAACAAAUAUAUUGUAUUAUUAAACUUGGGAACUGUCAAAAAAAAAAAAAAAAAAAAAACUACUUUUGGAGGAACUGGCAGCAUUUAUACUCUAAAUUAGAAAUGAACAUUUAAACUACGUAGAGUAAAAACAAAAAUAUCUGUCUUCGAUAUAUUCUUUAGUGUAGGAUCAGACGGAAAAAAGGACAAAAAAAAUGGACGAGAGGGCCCGCAGCUGUUUGUUGAGUUCAAGGUCCAAACUGGAGCAAGAUAUAAAGGCUUCUUAUAUCAUGGAUCACAUGGUUAGCGAUGGAGUGCUAAACGCAGAUGAGGAAGAGAAGGUUAAAGCCUGUACAACACGAAAAGAAAAAGCAGUUGCAUUACUUAAUUUAAUCUUGAAAAAAGAUAACUAUGCCUACAUAUCUUUCUAUAAUGCCUUACUACAUGAAGGAUAUGGAGACCUGGCGUCCAUGUUGCAACAGGACCUUCCACUCAUCUCACCAGCUGCAGAGAAAAGUUUUUUAGAUGGAGGAACUCCAUUUGUUCAGACAAUCCUGUGCGAAGGUGGUGUUCCACAAAGACCCGUUGUGUUUGUUUGCCGUCCAGAGCUGAUAAACCGUAUUCGAGAGGAAUUGUAUAAACUGGAAAAUGGCUUUGGCUGGGUGGUUGUCUUUGGAAUGGCAGGCUUUGGGAAGUCUGUGUUGACAGCUGAGGCAGUGCGGGAUGAACAACUUAUAAAAACUUGCUUUCCUGGGGGAGUUCAUUGGCUAUCCGUUGGGCAGCUGGAUAAGGCAGGUCUAUUGGUUAAAAUGCAGUCUUUGUGCUACCGUUUGGAUCAGGACUCCCAGUCCAGUCAGAGACCACCAGUCACUAUUGAAGAAGCCCGGGACCGCCUGCGGUUCCUCAUGGUUCGCAAAUACCCCAGGUCCCUUUUGAUUCUGGAUGAUAUCUGGGACGGUGGGGUACUAAAGGCUUUUGAUAUUCAAUGUAGAGUUCUCUUUAGCACCCGAGACAGGAGUGUCUCUGAUUCAGUUUCAGGUAAAAAGUAUGAGGUUUCUGUGGCCGAUGGACUUGAGGACGACAAAGCAUUGGAAGUCUUAGCCCUUUUUGUAAACAAGAAAGUAUCCGCAUUGCCAGUACAGGCACGUAGUAUUGUACAUGAAUGCAAAGGUUCACCUCUUGUGGUCUCUCUAAUUGGAGCUCUGUUACGAGAGUUUCCAGACCGCUGGCAGUACUAUCUGAGGCAACUGCAGAACAAGCAGUUUAAAAGAAUCCGCAAGUCUUCAUCGUAUGAUUAUGAUGCUUUAGAUCAAGCCAUGUCAGUCAGCAUAGACGUGCUACGUGAGGAUCGCAAGGAGUACUACAAGGAUCUCUCUGUCCUUGAGAAGGAUGUGAAAGUGCCAGCUAAGGUGCUGUCUGUUCUCUGGGAUCUGGAGCCUGAGGAAGCUGAAGACAUACUGCAGGAAUUUGUUAAUAAAUCACUUCUUUUCCGCGAUUGCAAUAAGAGGCCCUAUCAGUAUUAUCUGCACGACCUGCAACUCGACUUUCUCACAGAGCAGAACCGCUACAGGCUUAAGGACCUGCAUUCCAAGAUGGUUCGUCUGUACCAGAAUCAUCAUAAAAAGGGCCAUUCCACUGUAGCUGAUGAGGAGUGCAUGUACUGGUUCAGGUACCUGGCAUAUCACAUGGCCCAUGGCAAUCUUCAUGAGGAGCUCUACUCUCUAAUGUUUUCACUGGACUGGGUAAAAGCCAAGGCACAGAUGAUGGGACCUGCCAGUCUCAUCAAUGACUAUGUGGAGUAUAAAGACAUUUUAGAUGAAGAGAACAGCACAGUGCGUGAUAAUUUUCAGGAGUUUUUAUCCCUGAAUGGUCACUACUUGGAACAAAAGCCUUUCCCUGAUGUUGUUCAGAUGGGCCUUUGCCAGCCAGACUCCUCAGAGGUGUAUCGUCAAGCAAGACUGAAGGCAGAGCAGGAGACGAAAAAAGGAGCUUUUUACCUGGAGUGGAUAAACAAAAGCAGUUUAGAGAGUUUGUCCCGACUGAUUGUCCAACCUCAUAAGGGAGCAGUUUACUAUGCCUGCUUUUCUCACAACUGGCAACAAAUAGCUUCCUGUGGAUCAGAUAAAACUUUGCAGGUUUUCAAAAGCCAGACUGGAGAGAAACUUCUUGAAGUUCAAGCUCAUGAUGAUGACGUGCUAUGCUGCGCAUUCUCUCCAGAUGACAAGUUAAUAGCCACGUGUUCAGCUGACAAGAAAAUAAAGGUCUGGAAUUCACAAAAUGGAAAUUUGCUCAGAACAUACAAUGAACAUUCUGAACAGGUGAAUCACUGCCAGUUUACCAAUACAAGUCGCAAAAUCUUGCUGGCAACGUGCUCAAAUGACAACUUUAUCAAACUAUGGAACACCAAUAGACCAGGAUCUCAAAACACAAUGUUUGGGCAUGGGGGUCCUGUUAACCAUUGCUGUUUUUCACCUGAUGACCAAUACCUGGCCAGCUGUUCAAGCGAUGGAACUCUAAAGCUUUGGGAAGUACAUACAGCUAAUGAAUGGAAGUCAAUCGAUAUACUGGAUUUCUUCCCAAGCCUCACAGAUGAGCCUAAAGAAUCGGAGGUGGUAGUUAGGUGCAGUGCUUGGUCAUCAGAUGGUACCCGAAUUAUAGCUGCUGCAAAAAACAUGGUGUUUGUGUUUGACAUAGAGAGCGCUACCUUGCUGUCAGAAAUUAAAACUGGUCGACAUAGCACCAUUCAGUCCUGUGACUUCUGUUCCAGCAUUCAGCUGGUAGCCAUAGCUCUGUCCCAUUAUACUGUAGAGUUAUGGGACCUUGAGUCCAAUAAGAAAGUGGCUGAUUGUAGUGGACACCUGAGCUGGGUUCACUGUGUGAGGUUCUCACCUGAUGGGUCAAUACUGCUCUCAUCCUCCGAUGACCAAACUGUCAGGCUUUGGGAGACCAAGAAAGUGCAUCCAUCAUCUGCUGUGUCCUUGAAGCGUGACUCAGAUGUACUCUUCCACCACAAUGAAAUUCAUGUGAUAGCGCCUGACAACAGGAAACGUUUGCAGCUGAUAAAUGGAAAGACAGGGGAAGUGAUCUAUCAGUCUGAGGAACAGGAGUCCCGCAUUCGCUGCUGCUGUCUCAGUAAAGACCCUCAGGCUGCCGCCUUGGCACGAGAGGAUGGAACUGUAAAGGCAGGUGUGAUGUCCCCAAAGCAGGUACUAAGGAACAUUGGCUGGUGGACACUGCAGCUUCUGACACUCCAGCAGAGCCUCAUAACAGCACUAGGACUAGAGAAUGGCACAGUAAAGGUUUUGGAAGUGCCCAGUGGUAAUACCCUAUGCACUUUAACAGGACACACAAAAACUGUCUUGCAUUGCCAGUUUACAGCUGAUGGACAGACACUUAUAACCUGCUCUGAAGAUACAACUGUUAGGGUAUGGGACUGGAAGUCUUUGGAAUGCAAGGUGCUGAAAGGACACAGUGAGCGGGUAAAGAGAUUCAGACUGUUGGAUAGUUCAAGGCUCUUGUCCUGGUCCUUUGAUGGAACUGUUAAGUUCUGGGACAUCGUCACUGGUGAGAUGAUCCAGGACUUCUCCUGCCAUCAAGGGGCGGUUCUGUCUUGUGAUGUGUCACCUAAUGGAAGUACAUUUUCAUCUGUCUCUGCAGACAAAAGUGCCAAGAUCUGGAGUUUUGACUCCACUAGUGCCCUUCACAUUCUGAACGGCCAUAAAGACUGUGUUCGGAGCUGCCGCUUCUCCUGGGAUAACCAGUGCUUGGCUACUGGAGAUGACAAUGGAGAAAUAAGGAUCUGGCGUGUGUUUGAUGGUUCUCUGCUUCAUAUUUGUGCAAGAGAAAAUAAGGACUCUAUGGAGUCCCUACAUGGUGGCUGGGUAACAGAUCUACAUUUCUCCCCUGACAGCAAGAUGCUCGUUUCUACUGGAGGUUAUAUUAAGUGGUGGGACGUAGAGAAGGGGGAAUCUCUGCGAACGUUUUAUACCACUGGAACGAAUCUAAAGGGAAUCCAUGUAUCCCCUGACUUCAGAACUUUUGUAACCAUUGACAACAUUGGGGUUCUGUACAUCUUACAUAAGGUGGGGUGAAACCCCUUGCAUGAGACUGCCAAUACCCUUUCAGUGUAGUGACAGUCACUCCAGGCUCUCCUGCUUUGUGAGCCCGACUACCAAAGGUACAAAAUUAGAAUCUUUAAUAAUAAAUGCAAUUUGUAAUAUUCAAUUUGGUGUUCAAUAUUCUUCCUCUUAGCUAUAACAUUAAUAAUUUUAGGUGAAUUUCUAUCUGUAUUAAUGGUGUCUAAUUAAGGUCCAUGUAUUAAUACAAUGAGUGUUAUUUUCGGUCCUUGAGCAAUAAUGAAAUUGUGAAUGGUGCUUUUUCUUCUAAUGUGAACAUAUACCACUGUGUACAGAAUAACAAGUUGCACUUUUAUGACUUGAAAUUUGGAUAUGAAAUGUAAACUUUUAAUUAAGUGUCUGGUUU